UUUCGCACCUUGCCGAAUAUGCUAUUUUACUUAGGUCGGGCAGUGAAAGUGAGAGAGAAUGGCGAGCACGGAAGAGGGGAAGGAGAGGGAAUUGGAGCCUCUGAUCGUGGAAUCGGUGAGCAGCAGCAGGAGCGAUGAGAUCCUAGAGCCACUGCGAGCUCCGCCGGUGCUGGAGGCGAUGGCGGCACCGAAAUCCCUGAGCGACGACGAGGAGCAAGGGCUUGGCUGCGCGCCAAGCUGUAGAAUUUGCCUCGAGUGCGACUCUGGAGAGCCCGGCGAUGAAUUGAUCUCUCCUUGUAUGUGCAAGGGGACUCAACAGUUCGUCCAUCGAUCAUGCCUCGAUCACUGGCGCUCGGUCAAGGAAGGCUUUGCUUUCUCGCAUUGCACGACUUGUAAAGCUCAGUUCCAUCUAGUUCCCGAGAUCCCAGAGGACUACUCGUGGAGAAAGCUAAAGUUCAAGCUGUUCGUCGCGCGGGACGUUUUUCUCGUUUUCCUAGCCGUUCAAUCUACGGUUGCUUUCCUCGGAGCUCUUGCGUAUCUCAUGGACUCCGACGGCCAGUUUCGCAAAUCUUUCAACGUUGGCUGGGACAAGAUCUUGUCACAGCACCCGGUAGCGUUUUACUACUGCCUAGGCGUCGUGGUCUUCUUUGUGAUCGUGGGAGUCGGUGGACUCAUCGUCCACUGCUCGUCGGCAAGCCACCACGAUUCGUUUCUAGCGGACUGUCGCUACUGCUCAGGAUGCUACAUCAUGGAUUGCUUCCCAGCUUCCAUGGAAGCUUGCGGUGCGUUUUUGGUGAUCUUCGUGAUCCUGUUCGUGAUCCUGGGGGUGGCUUACGGCCUCCUCGCUGCUACCAUGGCAAUCCAAAGAAUCUGGCAGCGGCAUUACCAUAUCCUGACAAAGCGAGAGCUUACCAAGGAGUACAUUGUAGCGGAUUUGCACGGGGAGUACGUUCCUCCGCAGUUAAGCGCCGAGGACGAGGAGAGAUUGAGAAGCUUGAAACUCUUAUGACCAAAGCUUAAAACCUUGGACUGGAUUUGUUUGAUCGAUGGAUUUAUAAACAGUGGUGGUAAAUAUU